AUAAGGUUAUUAUUAAAGCCAUUACUCUACAACGCGUGUUAAACAACAUCCUUUUUAAUUUUCUGAUGGCUUAAUGAUUCCGCGGGGAUCAAUAAUCCAUACAGGAUAAUUAAAGGAGGAACUCACUCUGGAAUAAAAGGCAUAGGUAUUCUAACGGCGUUAUUGUGAAAAAAGAUAUGAAUCAAGAACCACGUGCACAUCAUUCUAACCUGGGAUCAAAAACAAAACCUACGGACACAUAUGAGAAAUGACUGGCGAUUUAAGCGCUAACCAUGUACACGGUGCAGGACAAGAUUUCCCUUGGAAUCGAACCAUGCACCAGGUGCUUUCUUCUACCAUUGCAAUCAUUGGGACAAUCUUAAACUUGGUGGCCAUUUUCGUUCUCUACAAGGAAGGUCUCCACAAACAAAGCCCGUUUAAGUUUGUGCUGAACCUCUUUGUGAGUAACUUUCUGAUGUGUUCCGUGUGUCUGCCCAUCAUUUCGUACUGUGCGUUUUUCCUAGAUGCGGACAAUAUCGGACCGUGUCCAUACUAUGGGUACAUCAUCUACAGCAUUCUGGGAACGGCAGUGUUAAACAUCGUGCUUAUCUCCUUCAACCGUUAUUUCCUUAUCGUCAGGUUCAGCCUAUACCACAGGAUCUACACCGCUAGGAAUAUCAGGAUCAUUCUCGUGGUCGUCUGGACGUUUUAUCCCACCCUGUUAGCGUUUCCUCUGACAAACAUUUGGGGAACGUUUACCUAUGACAAUCUGAGGUUCAUGUGUAACCCUUUACACUCCAACAGUAGUUUCCGGGUGUUUGUUCUGGUUACCACAGUGAUAAUCACUGUUCCGACCAUAUUGUUUUGUUACGUUGAGAUUUUGAGAAAAGUGAAUUCAAGUUUCCGUCGAGUAGCCAGCGUGCAUAGCGGUGUGGUACAAAGGAUGCGGAACGACAGGCAGCUGGUUCGAACUAUUCUGGUGACCAUCAUUCUUUUCACGUGCAUGAAUCUCCCAUUUAUAAUGUUAUCCAUUCUUGAUCCACAUAUGAACAAAGUUGACCUCUGGAUUCAUGGUUUUGCCAUUUAUCUUGGAUGGUCAAAUUCCAUAGUGAACCCUCUUAUUUAUUCAACAUUAAACUACCAGAUCAAAUCUUCACUUCUGGGUGUCUUUUCGGCCUUAUUUAAAAAGAACCCCAAUGCGGAUUUUCCCAAAGUGAUAGCAGAGAUAGAAAUCAAGGUGAUUGCCGUUCCUCGCCGCGCCAGUUCACACGAAACCACUAUUUGAUAUCGUCUGUGCUUUUAAGGAAGAUGUCACGUUGGACACCGGUGAUACUGGAUUACAAGUGCAGUGUAUAAAACCUGCUGUCGGGGUAUCACUGUGACAAUUAAGGACAGAAUAGUUUAGGUAUGGUUUGUGUACAUACCACGGGUGUACACAGAACCCUCAGGUUGAGAGGAA